UGCCCUGAGCAUCACACUCACACAGAGACAGAGACAGAGAAUGGCUCAAAUCUCAACUACCACGAUCAUCCUGAUUAUUACAGCUCUCAGUGUAAUCUGUACGGAUGCCUCAGCUCUGUCAUGUUGCAGAAAGUACAGUAAAGCAGUAAUACGUUAUAUGGCAGUUAUCAAAGGGUAUUCCAUUCAGACCAUAAAAGGAAAAUGUAACAUCAACGCUGUAAUAUUCCACACAAAUGGAGGCCGGAAUAUUUGCACAGACCCCUCAAAAAUCUGGGUAAUGGACAACAUCCGUAAACUGAGGGAUAAAGUGCAAGCAAUCAGGAAAAAGCAUUCAAAAGUAUAAUUCCAAAACUUCUGGGAUCAAAAAGAUGUUCUCAAAAGAAUAAUUCAUCAUAAUAAUAUCCUACUUCUUUAUGCACUUUGCAUAGCUACUCUGCAUAUUUGUAUAUGCAUGUUACUUUUUAUUUUUGGAAUUUGCUUUAUUUUAUUCA